AUGCCUAACAUCGCGCCCAUUACCGGAAAGCUCAGGAAGCGCUUCUGGCUCGACCUCACCACCGCCCUCGGCCUCGGCGUCAGCGCCGGCUACACUUUCUGGUAUGGCGUGCACCUCAAGCAUGUCCAGCGCCAGGAGGAGCUUUACCUGAGGCUCGAGCGGGCCAGGCAGCAGGAGCAGUAA